CCGGAGCGGCAGCACGGAGCGCCUGUGCGCAGCGCGCUCGGAUCACCCAUGGGCGGCUGUUUGGGUAGUCACCAUGACUCCUCUGGCACUCUGAAUUUAAACUCUGGCGGAACAGGAGUGGCUCUAGGCAGGAAUGAACGUCUGCGGAGGGACAGGCCCAAGUGGAAGAGUGACUACCCCAUGACGGACGGGCAGCUGCUCAGUAAGAGGGAUGAGUUCUGGGACACAGCGCCCGCCUUCGACGGCCGCACGGAGAUCUGGGACGCGCUCCGCGCUGCCGCGCAUGCCUUUGAGAGUGGAGACCACGAGUUGGCGCAGGCCAUCCUCGACGGGGCUGGCGUCACCCUCCCUCACGGUGUCCUCUCCGACUGUUAUGAUGAGCUUGGCACCCGCUAUCAGCUGCCUCUCUACUGCCUCUCCCAGCCUGUCAACAUGAUCGAGGAGCGAGCCGAGUGCGACCCCGAUGACCCCGAUGACCUCACCGACCCGGAGCCGUCGGAGGCCCCGGCCGAGGCGGGGGAGGAUUGUCCUCUGCGUCUGCGCCUCUCCACCGGUUGCGACUUGCGGCUGGACGUGCGCUCCACCGACUCCGUCUGCCAUAUGAAGCGGCGUCUGCAGGCGCAGGAGGGCGUGGCAGCCAUUUCCCAGCGAUGGUUCUUCUCGGGCCGUCCGCUGGCCGACAGGAGCACGCUGCAGGAGCUGUGCAUCCCUAGCGACUACAUGGUCCAGGUGAUCGUGAGCCAGCCGCCUGCCCCGCCCGACCCGGCGCCAGGGCACAGCUAGUCAAGGAGCCUCCUGUGGGGGAGUGGGACCUCGGGGCACAGAGAAGAGAAGCACAUAGUCUGGCUGUGUUAGAAAGAGUCUCUCUCUCCUUUUUUCUUUUUGUUUUUAAGCACUUUUUAUUACACUGCCCUCUAUUGACUGAUGUGAGGAACUGCAACUGAAGUCCUCCUGAGACACUAUGCAGCUGAAUUGGACAUCGUAUGGGAGGAGAUACUAUUUGCACAGUCACUCAGAAUUUUAGACACAAAAGGACUUGUAAGUAUAUGGUGUGAGUGUAAGGCUUUUUUGUCCUUUAACUAAUGGCUGUUUUUUUUAUAUGAGCAUUAUGGAAGCCAUAAGAUGGAAAACAUUUUUACAGGGGUUCUUGCAGUAUGCUCAGUUGUGAAAAUCGCAGUGCUAUUUUUGAUAUCCUGAAUAGGAAAAACAUGUAUCUGAAUAGUGUGUGAACAGUGUGCGUGUGCGUGUGAGUGUGAUCCUGACAUAUUUCUAGUUCUGAAUGCAGCAAAGUUUAAAAUAAACAACUUUAUGGUAGUCUCAUAUGCCAUGAGACUAGAAACAAUUGUGAGGACAUAUGAUAGUAACACAAAAGCAUCCGGUUGAUUCCUUACCCUGAGGAAUCAGCAAGAACUAAGGCAGUGG